UCGGUCGCUGGCUGAUCUGUGAUCACUGUAUUGUCAUCGGUUCGUUAUUUACCGGAUCAAUAACUGAACCGGGAUGAAGCUUCUCGGCAGCGGAUGGAUGGAGUAUCUCCUGGUUCUCUUCUGUCUUCCAGGUUGCCUCGCCGCUCAUGGCCGCUACGCUCAGAAGCUGCUGACUGACUUGUUCACCAACUACACCAACGCUUUGCGGCCGGUGGAGGACACCGACCACAUCAUCAACGUCACACUGCAGAUCACUCUCUCCCAGAUCAUUGACAUGGAUGAGCGGAACCAGAUCCUGACUACCUACCUGUGGAUCCGCCAGGUGUGGAUGGAUGCCUACCUCACCUGGAAGAAGGAGGACUAUGACGGCCUUGACACCAUCCGCAUACCCAGCAGCUACGUAUGGAAACCUGACAUUGUUCUGUAUAACAGUGCAGACGACGAGUUCUCCAGCUCCAUGGAGACCAACGUGGUUCUCCGUAACGAUGGCCAGGUCAUGUGGGACCAGCCAGCCAUCACCAAAAGCUCCUGCUCCGUGGAUGUUGCCUUCUUUCCCUUUGAUUUGCAGCAGUGUCACCUAACGUUUGGAUCCUGGACUCACAACGGCAACCAGAUGGAUUUGUUCAACGCCUUGGACAGCGCCGACCUGGCCGACUUUGUCCCCAAUGUAGAGUGGGAGGUUCUGGGCAUGCCGGCUAAGAAGAACGUCAUCCUGUAUGGUUGCUGUUCAGAUCCAUACCCAGACAUCACCUUCAGCCUCCAUCUAAAGAGGCGUGCCUCCUUCUACAUCUUCAACCUCCUCAUCCCCUGCAUGAUGAUCUCCUUUCUGGCUCCGCUGGGCUUCUACCUGCCGGCUGACUCUGGUGAAAAAGUUUCUCUUGGUGUCACAGUGCUCCUGGCCCUCACCGUGUUUCAGUUGUUGGUGGCUGAGAGCAUGCCGCCCUCCGAGAGCGUACCACUGAUAGGAAAGUACUACAUUGCCACCAUGACGAUGGUCACUGCAUCAACAGCGCUCACCAUCUUCAUCAUGAACAUCCACCACUGCGGUCCCGAGGCUCGUCCCGUCCCUCAGUGGGCCGAGCGCUUCAUCCUCAACUACCUCGCCCGCAUCUGUUUUGUCUACGAGGUCGGUGAGAACUGCCUCGGUGCGACUUCGUCCAGGAAAAAGCCUCCGUCGCAGGAGGAGUCAGAAGCCCCGUCAGCCAAUGGCCGCAACGCCAAAGGAACAAACUGGGAUGUGAACGGGCAGGUGUGGGCAGGGAGGGUGGAGGAGGACGGGGCCGGGGAGUCUCAGAAGCUGGGCCGGGAUUUGACCACCCAGACGGAAUGGAAGGAGGAUCUGUUUGUGACCAUUGACCACUCUGAGGAGGAAGGAGCUACUGGAGGACAUGAGGGGGAGCCGGAGGAGUCAAACAGUGCCUGUGGAGGAGGACGAGGAGGAGGAGGAGAGCAUGUCGAGGAGAAGAAAGGCGUAGGAGGUGAAGAAGGAGGCGGAGCCAGGGAGAACAGGAGGGAGAUCUUGGUGAAAACCGUGUGUGUGUGUCAGCACCAGGGUCUGCGAAGGAACGUUGAGUACAUUGCCAACUCAUACCAGGACCAGAGAGCCGCACAGCUGCGCAUCGGGGAGUGGAGGAAGGUCGCCAAGGUCAUGGAUCGCUUCUUCAUGUGGCUCUUCUUCAUUAUGGUCUUCUUCAUGAGCAUCCUCAUCCUGGGAAAAGCCAUCUGAUGGAGAUCCGGCUCUGAAUAUUCACAUGAGAAGGUCAUAGUAGCGAAUUGGUGCACCGAAACAAGUGAAGAUGUUGGUUCAAAUAGUAAUGAUUUCAGAUUGAAUCUACCAUUUUUGGUGUACAGCAAACUGCUGUAAAUGUAUACCCUAAUAUCUUUACAAAUAAUGAUUCCAAACAGAAAAUACAGGUUUGGGUUUGAAAGACGCUUACACAGAUAGAGAUAUAGAAAGGCUGAUGCAUCCGAGCUUGUGAGGGUAAAGAAAUCAGAUGAUUCCAAAGGCUUUGAGAGCAUCUCAUUAAAUAGCAUGAUCUUCAGCUCUUUAAUUUACAACACACGGAUCAUUAAAAGUUGACCGAUCAGAAUACACAACCAUCAACUCUCUAGAGUAACAGAAAUGUUGUCAUCUUUGCUCCCAAGAUCAGCACAUCCCCGGCUACUGAACCCAGAGGCCUUCUUCUGUCUGAACCCCUCAUACCCAUAGUCAAGUCAAAGUUUCUGUCAAGUUGCCAUGGUAAUGCCAUUUCUGACCAACAAAGGUAUAGUGCUGCCAGAGAGCACCGGAACAACACCCUCAAUUUUUUGCUCCAAGUGAGUCAUAUUCUGGGUGAUUUUUUUUUAAGCGCUUGAAGAUCCAAACAUCACUAAAGCGUAUGUCAUGCAAGAGGGCCGAUAAAAACAAAUGGAAUCGUCAAAGUUGUCAUAAUUACAUUAAAGGUGUGUUGAUUGUUUCCUGAAGUCAACCCAAAGCUUUGAGUAACGUUCAAGAAAACAUUCAACCUUAAACGUUGCUGAUAGAGAAUAAAUAUUAGAGAAUAGAUGAUUCUCUCUCAGUCUAUGGCCAACUGUCUAUUCCUAACAAUGGAUGCUACGGACACAAGUAAGCAAAUCGUUCAAAACACAAACUAUUUGUGUUCAAUCCUCUAUAUUGCUCAUUGCCAUGCUAAAUAUAACCUACUACAUCCAUGGUAUCACCUUUUACUACUUAGCUAGAUUAGUGGCUGACUGCCGUGUUGCAUUCUGAAACUAUCCUUAAAGUCAGUCUAACAUUUGACUGGUAACUCAGUUAUAAGUAAACUAAUGAAUUUAAACUUGCCACCUUAGGAAAAGUGGUUACCAACAAAUCCUCAUCCCAACAUGUGAGGCUUGGUCAGACCACCCUUUCUAGCUCUGGAGAAGUUUCAUCCAGCUCGAAUCAUAAUCCCCUUUGAUAAAAAGAAAUGAUUUCAAACUGAAUAAACUCCAAUGAGGCCACGUCAAGCUGCAUCUUCACUUGUUUUAAGGAAAACUUGCUUUUGAAGAUGAUAGUUAAAUGUUUUAAGAGAUCAAAACAACAUUAAAUGAUUCUACAGGCUUCCAUGUGAUUGUGAUGAUCAAAACUGAAAAAAAAAUGUGUUUACAUGAUGACUGACCGAUGUAAGUCAACUGAACACACACACACACACACACACACACACACACACACACACACACACACACACACACACACACACACACACACACACACACCUUCACUAUUGCAACACUUUUAUACAAAUAUGAGUGUUUUUUUGACAAUUUAAGAAUGCAUGCAGGAUUGUUUUUAAAUUAUCAAUCACAUUUAAAUCAGUGAUGUGUGGGACUGCAACUAUCAAUUAUUUUAUUCUAGUCAUAAAUGUAUCUUUGAGUACAGUAUAAAUAAGGCAAAAUAUGAAUGUGUUCCCAUCCCAACGCUUCUAUCGGAGUUUGGAGAUUAAAUUAGGCAGAUUAGACCAAUGAAUGAAAGUGAAUGUGUCAAGUGUUAAAUACAUUUAUUUUGUUAAAGUCUUAGGAGAAUAUUCAGUUAUAUAGGGAUAUUGUAAGGAAGGAUGGGAGAGAGGUUGUAGGAUAGAGGAAUGAAGGAAGGAGGGGAGGAGGUUAGAAGCGUCUGAUUCCGAGUUUCGCUAAUUUAAGCUGAUUUUCAGCUCAAAUCUAGAAACUCAUAUUUGGGUUAGAGCUGGCUUACAGUUGGUCCUGUUGGCUGGAUACCUGGGGAAUGAGGAUUAAAAAAAAUCCUUUCUUCUAACGAAAUGAUAAAACACUGUAAUUUAAAAAGUUCACAGGAGCAGAGGAUCAUCUCUCUGAGGUUGUAGUCCCAGUUUAAUGAUGAUUCAGAGUUAAUCCUGCAGUUUAUCUCUCACAUGACCAGUUUUUGAGCCACACGAGUUUACCACAGUGUUACUCACUGAAUGAGCCAUGCACCCAACGGUUUCUGUUAAGAUGCUGAACGAGUGAUAAUCAUGGUGAUCUCAUCAUAGCACAGAGUUAUUCACUGCAAGAAGUCACCUUAACAAGUAUGACCAUGUGUUCAGACCUAUCAGGCCUCUUUCGAGAUGUUUUAUUUAUUCAAUAAAUCAAACAAGAUGAAACUUUUUUGUUGCCAUGUGGGAAGAUUGGGUGCAGCUAGAUCUUCUUACUGCAGGCAGGUUAUCUGUUUUCACAGGACUUCAAACUUCAUAUGUUGUCUGUUUAAAAAGAGUUGACUCAACUUUUCACUGUAACUACUUCUUAUAUAUUCCGUUUGUGUGGUGUUGAACAUUUGCCAGAAGACAUAUUUACACAUGACACAUUGUUGA